AUGCCGCAACAAUACACUUUCGACAACGCUGCCCAGACCACUAUGGUGGGAUGGGAUCCCGCCAUCCUUAGGAACCGCACUCCUGCCCAACGCCGCACCGCCUACCUUGCCCGCUGGGGAACUAUCGCUGCCUGCCCCCUGCAGAACACCAACUGCUUAGAGGAGCAGUUACGCCGCCUAUGCUGGCCUCACAAGACCAAUGGUGAAGUGCGUGCUGGCACCACUGCCAAAUGUUAUGGCUGCCGCACUGGGAACCAGCUGAUGCCGCUCCCCCAAGACACCCCCCGUGGCCUUGACAACGAGGACCUACUGCCUUGUGGCUGUAAGUGGCAGCAUACUGCAGUAGAGCUGCUUUUCUACCGCAGGGCGCUCCCAGCUGCCACCCUCCCUCCUGGCGACGCUCCCCCAAACACCCUCACCCGCACCCACCGCUGCGUGCUCUGGGAGAUGUUGCAAUACCUCCAAGGAGGUAAUAUGACUGUGUUGGACUUGGUAGAUGGAACUCGCCGUGCCAACACCACCCUUGCAGCUGUGGCCUCUGGCCACAAUAUCUAG